GAGGGCAUGUUCCAGAAGCACCUCCAACACAGGGUACCCCGCGAGGAGAACGUGGAAGGUCCUCGCAUCAACCUUACGUGGCGGUGGACGCUCAAGCACAAGCCGAGCUGCCCCGCGGGGCGCCAGCGCGCGGGGGAGGCCCGGACCGCGGGCACGGGCAGGGGCUGCCGCGGGCAGGCCUGCGGCGGCCGCGAGGGCAAGACGUGGGCCGACGUUGCGCACAAUGGCAGAGAGGACCUGCCGCUCCUCAGCAGUAAGCCAAAGGCGGCGCCCGCGCCGGCGGAGAGCUUCAGCAAGGCGCCGCCCCCCGGCGCCCCCGCCGGGGGGGCCGCCGAUGGCGAGGCGCUGGGCCGCAGCUUCAGCAAGGCACCGCCGCCCGCCGCCCCUGCCAAGGCGCCGCCGCCCGCCGCCCCCGGCGGAGGGGCCGACGCCGCCGGGGAGGGCGGCGCCCGAGGGAAAAGCAAGUGGGUGCUGCCGCAGCGCCCGGUGGCGAGCGCCAGCGCCCAGGGGUGA